UGUCUGGCUUCCGUCCGAGCUAGCUAGCUAGCAGAAAGCAGUGGUUAGCUAUAGCUAAUCGUCUGUUACAUUACAUAAAACCCUUUUUUUGACCACAAAGUACGGUUAUAUUUAAUUAUUUAGGUUUCUACUAACCUCCGCUCCACGACUAAGAUCCUUCUCAAUAAGAUGGUCGUUUUGACAACAGACAAUGAAGAGCAGGAUUAUAUCCUGAUUGAGGAGCGUAAAUGCGCCUCCCUGCCCAACUCUCCGGCCAAGCGAGUGUGUCCCACCAAGAAGAAGCAGUUCUACAUCAACCAAGCCAUCCGCAACUCUGACCUCACUCCUCGAGCCAAAGGCAAGAAGAGCCUGCGCCGACAGGAGAACACACGAUAUCUUGCUAAUCUUCUUGAGAGGGACGACGAGUGCUCCAAAGAUGAUCUGGAGGUUUGCAGUAGCCCAGCGAUCCCAUCCAUCUUCACCCAAGCCUGGACCAAUGACAACUACAUCGAGCCAUGGAGCGACUUCAUGAAUUACUCCGGAGAAGAGCAGGAGAGGCUUUUGUCUCUGCUCGAGAGGGAAGUGGCCAGAAAGAAACACGCUAGUCAUCUCCUUAAAGACCAGAGGAAUGUAAAUCCUGCCUUUACCGCUCAGGAAUGUUUCCAGAGGAUCGACCGGAGACUGCGGACAACACUGAGACGAAAACAAAUCCCAGUGGGAACUCUGGCAGUGCUGGAAGAAAACCUUCUGAGCUUCUUCAUCGCUCAGCCUCACUCAGUUUACACAACCAACCUCUCCAGCAGCUUUGAAAGGCUGCUGCUCCAUGCCGUCUGCCAGUAUAUGGACCUUGUCUCUUCAAGCAAAGACUUGAACGGUUUACGUCAAACUGAAGUGGUGAACAAACAAGAAGACUUCCUGCCUCCAACACCGCUGCUGUCGGCCUACUUGGACCAAAGGUGCUGAGACCGGGGCCACGCCCACUUGCUGGCCUUAAAGUACACCGCAUCCUACGACAUGUACGUCUGCAAGGCUUAGACCCAGGUUAGAAAACUACUCUUUUUGACCUGUCGGACCUGUUAGCCGCUUUCAAUUAUGAAUAAAUCCAUAAACUAAAUGAGUCACACAACAUUGAAAAACUAAAAAAUUUAAUUAAAUAUUAUUAUUAAUAUUAAUAUUAUUAAUUAAUAUUAUUAUUAUUAUUAUAUUUUUAAAUAUUAAAAAUAUUGAAUAUCCCACAGUACACUCAACACUGUCACAUGUCACAUUAUCAUGUCUACUCACUCAAUGUGAGUACACUGUGUGACUAUUAUUAAGUUAUUUGUGAUGUAAUACGUUACCCCACUUUGGGAAUUGAACACGUGGGAAAAUGGAGAGGAUAUCCAUUAGAAUAUAUUGUGUAUAGUCAACCGUGUAUUUUGAAUUACUGAACACCCAAUGAGCUCCCGACUUCUUAUUUACCAUACCAGGGGUGUCCAAACUUUUUCCACCGAGGGAUACAUAAAGAAAAAUGAAAGAAUGCAAAAAGCCACAUCAUUUAAAAAGCAAUUAUUAUAUAAUAAAUAAUAAUUUAAAUUUAAGCUCCAGCACAACCACAGCAGUAUCACUCGGAUAAAGUGAACAUCCAGCAGCAACACAACAUUUUGGCAUGACUACUAUUUUGAUGAAAAAUAUACUGAACCAGGGCUGCACAGUGGAUGGGUGGUUAGCACACAGGCUUCACAGCUAGGAGACCCGAGUUCAAUUCCAUCCUCGGCCAGUUCUCCUCCUAUUUUGUGUGGAAGUGGUAACCUUUUGGCUUCUUAUUUUAUCUUUCCCCACCCUCGGCCAUCUCUGUGUGGAGUUUGCAUGUUCUCCCCCGUGCAUGCGUGGGUUUUUUCCGGGUACUCCGGUUUCCUCCCACAUUCCAAAAACAUGCUAGGUUAAUUAGCGACUCCAAAUUGUCCAUAGGUAUGAAUGUGAGUGUGAAUGGUUGUUUGUCUAUAUGUGCCCUGUGAUUGGCUGGCCACCAGUCCAGGGUGUACCCCGCCUCUCGCCCGAAGACAGCUGGGAUAGGCUCCAGCACCCCCACGACAGUAUCACUGGGACACUAUGAACAUCCAGCAGCAACACAACAUUUUGGCAUGACUACUAUUUUGAUGAAAAAUAUACUGAACCAGGGCUGCAAAGUGGACGGGUGAUUAGCACACAGGCUUCACAGCUAGGAGGCCCAAGUUCGAUUCCACCCUCGGGCAUCUCUGUGUGGAGUUUAUAUGUUCUGCCCGUGCAUGCGUGGGUUUUUUCCGGGUACUCCGGUUUCCUCCCACAUUCCAAAAACAUGCUAGGUUAAUUAGCAACUCCAAAUUGUCCAUAGGUAUGAAUGUGAGUGUGAAUGGUUGUUUGUCUAUAUGUGCCCUGUGAUUGGCUGGCCACCAGUCCAAGGUGUACCCCGCCUCUCGCCCGAAGACAGCUGGGAUAGGCUCCAGCACCCCUGCGACCCUCGUGAGGAAAUGACUUUAUUCCAUUAAUAUUUUUUUAUUCCCUUAAUCUUCUCAAUUUUUUCCCCUUUACUUUACUUCCCCUCACUUUAUCUUCAAGGCCUCCAACAUUUAAUGUCCCUCUGAUGUACUCCUUCCUGAUCCUAUCCAUCCCGGUCACUCCCAAAGAGAAGUUCUUUGCCCAAAUUUUUUCAAAGUAUGAAAGUGGCCCCGGUUGGAAAAAGGCUGGACACCCCUGCUGUUUAUUGGAUUGGAUUUGUAAACAUGCUUAAUAAUUCUGACACAUUUUGUAGGUUUUAGCUUAUCAAAAAUCUGCAUUUUAGGGUUUUUUUCUAAUCUAAACUGAUGUUACAUAAUUCUCAUAACACAGUAUGUUAAAAUGUUUAGUAUCGAGUACACGGGAGGGUCGAAAACAGAGAAACCGCUUCACUACAAGCCUGUUCUGAUGCAUGAUAGUUGGGAAUCGGCAAAAAAAAAAAAUAAUAAUAAUAAUGUGCAACAAUACGGUUUGAUACCUGGGGUAAAUAUGUUUAGCACGAGCAUUUUUUUUUUUACAAUUUUUAAAUGUAUUUAUUUGGAAUACACUUACAUCUCGCAGACUUCAGAAUGAUUUAAUUUAAGGUGCUACUUGUGAAUAUUUAGUCACAGAAACGGGCUGCGUUCCAAUUUGCGCACUUCUGCACACACUUUAAUUAAAGUGCACAGUGUACUCGACUCCCGAGGGUGCACAUUUUUGAAAUUGCGAUGCUAACUAUCGUAAAUAUAUUAUUGUUAUUGCUCAUUUAACGCUUCUUCUUCUUCUGUUCUUUUUAAUUGCAAACUCAAAAUACACUCAAAAUGCUAAGCUAAGUGUGCGAUUUUGGAACACAGUAUCACUGUCAUUUACCGUUCAAUUCUAAAGGCCCCUUCUUGACACAUACAUACAGGAAGUUAAGGUUUUUGUAACGCAAUCUGUCACGUUGCUUACGUGCGAUGCCAUAACCUGCUUAGCGUUUACUCACGAUAAAGCACUUCUGCCUUAGGGAAAAACAACUUGUUUUUUUUCUGUACAUAUAUAUAUUUCUACAUUUGUACUUUACUCUAAAAAGCACAUAUUUUUUUGUUUUAACAAAAUAAAAGCCUCGGUUCUUUUAUAUCGUCUUUGGCAGCAGAACUAAACUUGACAACCAAAGUUUGUGCGGAAAUCAAGUUUCUCAGGCUUUGUUUCAUUUUGUCACUCUGAAUGUCAUGUUUUUUUUUGUGGACGGUUGAAUAUGUAUAUAAUAAUGUACCCCCCCCCCCACUUGCCAACAUAUUCAAAAACUUCUACUGUAAAUACUAAUUUACACACUAGAAAAGCCUUUAAGUCUGAUAGCUUUACACACAAGAUUGUGUACAUAAUGGUGUGUAUGUGUGUGUUAUGGUGCUUAUUUAUAACUGUCAUUGCAACAAUAUAUUUUUAUCUUUUUUUUUUGUUUUGAUUAUGUGCAUGAGAAUGCUUAAAGCCAUGUCUGAA